GUGUGUGUCGGUGUGCCAGUCAGCCAGAGCGCCGGGCCCCAUCUGCACGCCUCCUUCUCUCUCUCUCCGUCUCCCUCUGCCCCUGAAGCUCUCUCUACCCCGCUCGCUCACUGCCAGUGUCGGCGAGUCUCUGCAGCGGCAGCACUGCCACUCGCACCGAGGGGGGGAAUGUUCUGACACCACGGACCAGACCGGGAGCGCACCACCACCAUCUCCAUCAUCACCACCUCCUCCUCCACCAGCCGCCGCCGCCGCCGCCGCCGCAUCCCGCUGCUCGUUCUCGGGGCUUCUUCUUCUUCUUCUUUUUGGGGGGGUUGUUGCGUGUUUCCAGGAUCGAGGACCGCAGCCGGGUUUGGAUUCGCAGCAUCGCGCCCAGUUCAUUUGUGGAUUAUUGUUCAUCGACGGAAAUCAAAAGGGUGUCAUGGAGGAGUCCAGCUCUCAGAAGUUGGUGUGGGACGGGGACGCCAAGGCGGUGCAGCAGUGUCUCACCGACAUCUUCACCAGCGUCUUCACGACGUGCGACAUCCCAGAAAACGCCAUCUUCGGGCCUUGCGUGCUGAGCCACACGUCGCUGUACGACAGCAUCGCCUUCAUUGCGCUGAAGUCCACCGACAAGCGCACAGCACCUUACAUCUUCAGGGUGGACACCUCAGCGGCCAACAGCACCUCCGAGGGCUUGAUGUGGCUGCGGCUGGUCCAGUCGGCCCGGGACAAGGAGGAGCAGAACCUGGAGGCCUACGUGAAGAACGGCCAGCUCUUCUACCGCUCCCUCCGCCGGAUCGAGAAGGACGAGGAGCUGCUGGUGUGGUACGGCAAGGACCUCAUCGACCUGCUGCUGCUCAGCUCCAGCAGAGCGCCGGCCAAGAGCAAAGGUUCGUCCCACUACUCGUGUCCGGACUGCAGCCAGCGCUUCCAGUUCGAGUUUCCCUUCUUGGCCCAUCUCCGGUUCCGCUGCACCAAGAGACUGCAGAGCAUCACGGGCGCCGACGAGGAGCCCAGCAAGGAGCGGAGCACCGAGCGACCCAACACAACCCCGACCAGGUCCAGCCCGAAGCUGGGUCGCUCUGAGGGCUUCAGCAGCCCCCAGGACACCAGCAAACCCUCCACAGACUUUCACAACCUGGCCAGGGAUCUAGAGAACAACCGGACCAGCCCUCCGAGCGACAAGGAGGCCGAGAUCUGCAGCGAGAGUUCGGGGAAGAGGAAGUUCUCGGAAAUAGAGGAGUGCCGAGCGCCCAGCCUUACACAGACCAAAUCUAAAGACGAGCUUGCGACGUCUGCACAGAAUUACAGAGGCGUGUACGGCCUGGAGGAUAACCGCAGGCCCUUCUCCCCACCGGGCUCCACAGGAAGUGGGGAGGUCAAACGCAGCGCCUUCACCGAGGUCAAGAAGAACGCCAAACAUCACAGCGGCAGCAAAAACCUCCAGACCUCCAACUCUGAAAACAAAGAUGGCGGUCGUCCCAGCAGCAACCCGUCGGAGAAGCACCUCAACAUCCGGCAGGUGCUGUCGGAGACCCAGCCGGCCCAGACCUCGCCCAUGGGCAGCGCCUUCACCUCCGUCAGCCAGCAGGGAGGCGGCAGCGGUGGCGAGAGGAAGAGCGCCUUCAGUCAGCCAUCGCGUUCCUCCUUCUCCCAGAUCUCGCCACUGGUGAUGCCGCCCAAGCUGCUGGACUGCCACCCAGCGGUGGGCGACACCAUCUCCUCCUCCAGACUCUACCAGGCCGACCACCUUGCUGCCAAGCUGCAGGGGGCAGAGCUGGGCGCCAACUGCCCCGUGCCGGGCGGCAUGGCCAAGCAGAACCCGUUUGUCUACACCACCGCCUUCUGGCCCAAAAGCUCCGGACCUAUCCAGAUUCAAAUGCCCUCGGCGCUCACCCUCCUGCCGCCCUCCUUCACCUCCCUCUGCCUGCCGGCGCAGAACUGGUGCGCCAAGUGCAACGCCUCCUUCCGCAUGACCUCGGACUUGGUUUACCACAUGAGGUCCCACCACAAAAAGGAGUUCGCCAUGGAGCCUCUCGUCAAGCGGCGGCGCGAGGAGAAACUCAAGUGCCCGAUUUGCAACGAGUCCUUCCGGGAGCGUCAUCACCUGUCACGUCACAUGACCUCCCACAACUGACUUUUAAAAGAAGGGAGGGACUUGAACACAUGAGGGAGAGAGACUGGAUUUAAGCACUGCAACGGGAGAUCGGCCACAUCAAAGUACAAAAGCACCCCUUGCACUCGUUUUCACUUUGGACUUUAAUCUUCCGAUUCCUUUCCGGUCUGUUUACUUCUUCUCCCCUGUACAAAGUGUCAUGUUUUUGGGUGUAUGCAAUUGCGUUUUGACUUCAAGAAUUUAUCUAUUUAUGAAGCACUGAAAAGUUUGAAAAUAAGGGAAAGAUUUAAAUAUGUGUAAAUGUACAGUAAGUUGUAUUUUAUAUCAUAUAAACGCGAAAAACAUAGAGAAGAAAUACAAGUGUAGUCACACGUCACGGUUUACAGCGCCGCAAGUUUUUCCAUGUCUACGGUAAAUAUGGACACAAAUUGGGGAUAUUAUGUCUAUAGACUAUAUUUCAGAGUGCAUGUAAUAUGAAAUGAUAUUGAUUUAAGAUGCAGUCUAUACAUUACAAUGUAAAUAAUCGGUUUUAUUUGAAAUACAAAGUGUAAUAUUUUGUGUCA